GGCAGGGGGGCGGGGCGGCAGAGCUCGGUGCCCGGCCUGGAGGACAGCGGUGUCGGAGUCAGCGAUCGGUGGUCCGCAGCAACGCUGAGGGGCCGUACGGGACGCAGGCGCCGGAGCUCAGAGGUUGACUCUUCACCACACUGAAGCCAUUAGGAAACCCCUGUGAUUAACAGCAGAGGCUUCAGAGUCUCACCAGUAUUCAGGCCUAGACUUUAUUUUAAAUGGCAACUGAUAUGUCUCAAGGUGAACUCAUCCAUCCUAAGGCACUCCCACUUAUAGUAGGAGCUCAGCUGAUCCACGCGGACAAGUUAGGUGAGAAAGCAGACGAUAGCACCAUGCCUAUCCGUCGGGCUGUGAAUUCUACUCGGGAAACUCCGCCCAAAAGCAAACUUGCUGAAGGGGAAGAAGAAAAACCAGAACCAGAUGGGAGUUCAGAGGAGUCUAUCUCUACGGUAGAAGAACCAGAGAAUGAGACUCCACCUGCUCCAUCCAGGGAGGCAGAGCAGCCCAAGGGGGAGCCUGAGAGUGGAGAGAAGGAAGAGAGCAAGUCUGCUGAGGAAACCAAGAAAGAAGAGAAGGAUCAGUCUAAAGAAAAGGAGAAGAAAGUGAAGAAAACCAUCCCUGCCUGGGCCACUCUGUCUGCCAGCCAGCUAGCCAGGGCCCAGAAACAAACCCCAAUGGCUUCCUCCCCACGGCCAAAGAUGGAUGCAAUCUUAACUGAGGCCAUUAAGGCAUGCUUCCAGAAGAGCGGUGCCUCCGUGGUUGCUAUCCGGAAGUACAUCAUUCAUAAGUACCCUUCUCUGGAUCUGGAGAGAAGGGGCUAUCUCCUCAAGCAAGCACUGAAAAGAGAGUUAAACAGAGGAGUCAUCAAACAGGUAAAAGGAAAAGGUGCAUCUGGCAGUUUUGUCGUGGUCCAGAAAUCAAAAACACCUCAGAAAUCCAAAAACAGAAAGAAGGGCUCUGCAGUGGAUCCAGAACCACAAGUAAAACUGGAAGAUGUUCUCCCAUUGGCUUUUACCCGACUCUGUGAACCUAAGGAAGCCUCCUACAGUCUCAUCAGGAAAUACGUGUCUCAGUAUUACCCUAAGCUUCGAGUGGACAUCAGGCCCCAGUUGUUGAAGAAUGCUCUGCAGAGAGCAGUGGAGAGAGGCCAGUUAGAGCAGAUAACUGGCAAGGGUGCUUCGGGGACAUUCCAGCUGAAGAAAUCCGGGGAGAAACCCCUGCUUGGUGGAAGCCUGAUGGAAUAUGCAAUCUUGUCUGCCAUUGCUGCCAUGAAUGAACCUAAGACCUGCUCCACCACUGCUCUGAAGAAGUAUGUCCUGGAGAACCACCCAGGGACCAAUUCUAACUACCAAAUGCAUUUGCUGAAAAAAACUCUGCAGAAAUGUGAGAAGAAUGGGUGGCUGGAGCAGAUCUCUGGGAAGGGGUUCAGCGGCACCUUCCAGCUGUGCUUCCCCUAUUACCCCAGCCCAGGAGUUCUGUUUCCAAAGAAAGUGUCAGAUGGCUCUGAGGAUGAGGAUGAGGAGGAGGAUGAAGAGGAGUCAUCAGAGGACUCUGAGGAUGAAGAGCCGCCACCCAAGAGGAGCUUACAGAAGAAAACACCAGCCAAGCCCCAAGGGAAGACGGCCUCCAUGAAGCAGAGAGGGGCUAAGCCUGCGCGUAAAGUCCCUGCUGCCCAGAGAGGGAAGGUGAGGCCGCUGCCUAAGAAAGCUCCGCCCAAGGCUAAGACCCCUGCCAGGAAAGGCAGACCCGCACCCUCAGCCGUCAAGAAGCCUAGCGGGAGCACCUCCAAAAAGCCUGUAGCCAAUGCACGAAAGGAAGCGAAACUGCCCGGUAAGGGCAAAUCUGCCAUGAAGAAGAAGUCUUUCAAGACAAAAAAGUAAAUUUUAUAGGAAAAAGGGUAUCAUGAUUGAAUUCAGAAUCUUAUUUUAUAAGGUCAGUGUGCAUUUGUUUUAGUUAUAAUGCUUUUAAAUUUUACAUUUUUCUUCCCAUACGAACACUGUGGGAAGGAAUGUAAACAAACCAGUGUAGACAUUUGUUGGCUUAGGUGCUGUUCUCAGUGCCUGCUUCUUCAUCAUUUUAAUUUCUGCCGUAAUCCUGGACUUGGCUGAACUGUGUAACUACCCUGCUCCCUUUGUUCAUCUUAACCCAACCCUCAUUCUCUUCUUUUUGUGAUCCAAUUUGGGGUUUUCUUUUCCUCCUCGAAGUUAAUCCAAACAGUUGCAAAGAUGCAUUUGUAGUGAGUACCUCCAGGUCUGGUGCUGAAGCCAGACGGAGCGGGAGCACUACAGGGACAGCAUUGCUUCCUGCCUGGGGACUUGCUGAUUGACCCUGGCUGUGAAAUCACUCCACUAACCUUUCUCCAGCGUGGGCCAGGGACAUUAUAACUUUGGAAAGAAGCCCCAGUCUGCCAUCCAUAGAUUCUGAAGAUCUCUUCUCCUUUGCUGUCUGCCCAGUUGCCAAGCACGCCCUGCUGCCCAGAGCGUUGUUCCCUUAACAGCAAGCGCACGUCUGCGCCACCUGCUUUCUGACUGAAGGGGAAGUACAGGAAUAUGUGGAAUCUGAUUGCUUAUUACCAAAAAUGACAGAAUAUUCUUGAUCAAAGGCCUAGAUAUAUUUUUAAUAUUUGGGGCAUGAGCUUCCCCUGUUUGAGAGUUCCCAUUACUGAGGUAGAAAUGUUAAUUUGCUAAACAUAAUUUGCUAAAAUGACCAGUUUUCAGAUUCACCUGUGCGUGUGCCCCCACUCGCACCCCACCCCAUUCUCUCCAUAGAACGUUUGCUGUCAGCUCGGCGGUCUCCAUUUCGAGGUGUUUAUCAGAAGCGAGGAGGGGAGCAAAUGAAGCCGUGCUGCCCAGCCCUCCUCGUCUUGUAUUUGUUUAGGUUGUGAGGUUGUGUAAAUAGUAGCUUCCUACUUGAGAACUACAGCUCCUGCUUAUCAUUGAUCCUUUCCUGUGGCACUUAAUAUUUUAAUUGUCUUAAGCUUUUGAUGUACAUCCUCUGGCCCCUUACACGCUGCCAGAGGAGAAGGUGUUUGAGAUUCAUUCCACUUGAAGUGUCUUUCCUGGGCUCCCCACAGCUGCAGAUGGCUGGGAAGUGGACUUGAGGAAUGGGCUCGAAUUGGUGGUUCAUGCCUGUGAGGACCCAUCAUGAGUCAUCGGGAUUUGUGUUGCAUGGAAGGCAAUCUUUCCUGUUGUAAAUCUUCCUUUUUUAUGUACAUAUAUUUUGAAAAUAUGAAUAAACAUGAAAUUUUAAAAGCUGCUGAACUACAA